ACCCGCCUCGGUUCGUCCAAUGGCAGAGCUGGUUGGUGGGGCGUUGUAAAAGGAAGAACUGUCUGUCUAGGCCCUGCCCCUUCCCUUUAGCCGCCGGGCCGCCGUAGGGAGUGCACGUCCCUAGCCCCAGCUCCCGUCCUACCCCACUCGGUCAAAAUGCGUUACGUUGCAGCUUAUCUUCUGGCCGUCCUUGGGGGCAACGAGUCCCCCGCUUCAAAGGACUUGAAGAAGAUUCUCGACAGUGUAGGCAUUGAGACGGAUGAUGAACGCCUGAACAAGGUUAUUGGUGAACUGAACGGAAAAAAUGUAGAGGAUGUCAUUGCUCAGGGUAACGGCAAACUUGCCAGCAUGCCAGUUGGUGGAGCUGUAGCAGUCUCAGCUGGACCAGGUUCUGCUGCUCCUGCUGCUGCACCUGCUGCUGCUGAGGAGAAGAAAGAAGAGAAAAAGGAGGAGUCUGAGGAGUCUGACGAUGACAUGGGAUUUGGCCUAUUUGACUAAACUUUUGCUACAGAAGCUAAUAAAACAUUUUGUUUAAAA